UCGGGGCACUUGGACGGCGUUGUGGCUAACCAUGAGCCGAAUCUUGCUAUGCCUAGUACCCUAGCCGAUGUCAAGAGUCGUUAACACUGUUCAAGCAAGAAAGGACCACACAUGGCCUAGAUCAUAUGGGAUCUGGAGCCAAUCUCGCGCACCAUGGUCGGGCGGCGGUCGAUCCUCAACGACUCGACUCCACGGAUACGUACAGUACGUGACUGCUGCAAUGUACCCGUCGGAUGUGUGAUGAGAACGUCAUGGGCCUCCUUCGCUGCUCGUGGUGCUGCUGCAUUGACCCGCAUGGUCGUGACUGACACUUCGAGGUACUGGUCUGUACAUACAUCCAUUCUCUGUCUACUUUCAUCUCAAUCUACGGAAUCCUCACCUGGGCGAGGCAGAACCUCGGUAUCUACUGCACACCGCACUAUCGGGGCCAGACAGAACUUCCCGGAGAUUGGGCGCCGAAUCUCCACUUUGACCUGUGCGUGGUGGGGUCAUCUUCCAGACUGCAUCGAAUCUGCUUGCAUCUCCAGUUCAUUCGGAUCCGGAUGGGAGUCGGUCGGCUCAUGGACUUCCCACUCACUAGGAUACGACACUGACGUACGGGCUGUGCUGAUCUUCCUUACCAUCAGCUUGGAAAUUUCGCUCCGUUGCCCCUCCCCCUCCCCCUCCCCAUUUCCACUCGGCUGUUCAAAGUCUGCCCUGGCAAUUUGUACCAAGAAGCCAGGCGAGCAGCAGCAGCAGCACACGGUCGUUCCAUCUCGCUUCAACGCUCGAUCUCAUGUUGGGCUUAGUGCCAGUGGGUCAAGCGUAAGGACACACACCACCACGAACUCCACACAGCGGGGCAGCGGCACUCGAAGCAAUAUGCCUGAGACUCCACGAGGAGACUAGGAACAUCCUUUCAUUCUUCAAAAUUCCCAUGUGGGCAUGAAAUGUUUGGGUAGAUUCAUAUCUUGAUGACAUCGGUGGUUUUGAUCUCCGAUGAUCAUUGUCUCUCUCGGGGUCCGCCGAACUGGUUUAAUCCUGGUAACUUGCAU